ACUUUUUGAAAUUCAUUUAUCCAAAUAAGGGUAUCCCUUGUUGCAAAUUAGAUACAGAAAUGGUGAUUUAUUCAAAAGAAAUUGUCAUCUAUUUCUUUUGCUUGUUCUCAUAUUCUGUCGUAUUAGCAUGUGGUAGCCAUCGCUUAACAUCCACUGUUGACUGCAAUAUUAAAUCCUGUGCAAGCAACGGUCCACCGGUCCGAUUUCCGUUCAGAAUCAAAGACAAGCAACCAGUCAACUGCGGCUACCCUGAAGCUGGGUUUGUUCUAUCUUGCUCAGAAAAGAACGAAACUGUGCUUGAGCUACCAUAUUCUAAAUGGAAGCUGUUCAUCGAGCAAAUUGAUUACAAGUCACAAGUAAUUUUUUCAUAUCGUACAGAAGCUUGCGUUGCAACCCAAAUUCUUGACCUGGAUUCAAAUAUCUCUCCCUUUAAGUUUAAAGAGGGUAAUAAAAAGUACCGCCAGUAUACUUUAUUCAAUUGUUCUUCAGCAUAUGAAUCCUAUGAGCCAAUCUCUUGCCUUAGUGGUAAUCUUCAGUAUCGAAUUUAUGCCAUUCCUGCAUAUUAUCACAUCCUUGGCUUAGACUUGUUGCGCUGCGUCAAGAUUCAUGACAUUUCACAAGUUAAAUAUGACUACCUAUACAAUGAUAUUCUUCAUUUGAGUUGGGUCGAUCCGAGAUGCGGAUCUUGUGAAGCAAAAGGCAAGUAUUGUAGAUUGAAGAGUAACACUACUGGAUUUGAAACUGAAUGCUACGGCGAGCUUAAAGGGUCGUCAAGAAAGCAUAUAACAAUAGGUGUAAUCCUAGGUUCAAUCCUUCUUGCUGCAGCAGCCAGUCUACUUUACCGCUUAUAUAGCUCCAAGAAAAGAGACAGAGAGUAUCAGUCCAAGAUUGAAAAAUUUUUAGAUGACUACAAAUCUUUGAAGCCUACAAGAUAUUCCUAUGCUGAUAUUAAAAGGGUUACGAACCAGUUCAAGGAAGAAUUAGGCCAAGGAGCUUAUGGAACUGUGUUCAAAGGAAAAUUAUCUGAUGAAAUUCUAGUAGCUGUUAAGUUACUAAACAAUUCAACAGGAAAUGGAGAGGAGUUUGUCGAUGAAGUCGCAACAAUAGGCAAAAUCCACCAUGUAAAUGUUGUUCGCUUAAUUGGCUUUUGUGCUGAUGGGUUUAUAAGAGCUCUGGUUUAUGAGUACUUACCAAAUGAUUCAUUACAGAAAUACAUAACUUCUGCUGAUAACUCGAACAAGAAUUUUCUUGGUUGGAAAAGACUACAGGACAUAACACUCGGAAUUGCUAAAGGGAUUGAGUAUCUUCAUCAAGGAUGCGAUCAAAGAAUCCUUCAUUUUGAUAUAAAACCGCACAAUAUCUUACUAGACCAUGACUUCAACCCAAAAGUCUCUGAUUUUGGUCUAGCCAAGUUCUGUGCAAAAGAUCAGAGUGCAGUGUCAAUGACAACAGCUAGAGGAACCAUUGGGUACAUAGCACCGGAAGUUUUCUCAAGAAACUUUGGGAAUGUUUCUUACAAAUCAGAUGUUUAUAGCUUUGGAAUGUUGGUGUUAGAAAUGGUUGGAGGAAGGAAGAAUGUGGAAGCAACAGAAGAAGGCGAUGAUGAGCAAAUAUAUUUUCCAGAAUGGAUAUAUAAUCUUUUAGAAGAAGGAGAUGAUCUUAGGUUCGAGAUCGAAGAAGAAGGAGACACUAAAAUUGCAAAGAAACUUGCAGUUGUUGGACUUUGGUGCAUUCAGUGGAACCCAGUAGAUCGUCCUUCCAUGAAAGUUGUUGUUCACAUGUUGGAAGGAGAAGGAGAGAAUUUACCAGUACCUCCUAAUCCUUUUAGUUCUGGAACUUCAACAAGAACAAAUGCAAGAAUAGCAGGGAGACUACUGCACCGGAAAUUGGAAGCUAUAUCAGAAAUAGAGUAAAAAAGUCAUGAACUGAGGUCAUCUUCAUAAAUUGUAAAUCAGGAAACAUCCCACAUUUACAAUUGUUUUGUCUUGUAAUUCUCAGCUGAAUAUGUAAUGAAAAUUUAUUAAUAAAAAAUUAAAGAAUAAUAUAAAAAUAGGUAGAUGACAAUGGAAAGAAUAAAUGAUAUGAAAAUAGCAAAAUGGGGUACCCAUUUUUCCUUUGCCUUCUCGACUUCUAUAAAAUUAGUACUAAAAGAUUCAUCGUUUCGAGCAA